GCUGUACACUGCCAGCGUCAAGUCUAUUAUUCUUUGAAACUUUUCCUCUCUCACGGAGAACAUUCUUCUGCCAUGGCAAACCCAGAAGAUGAAUUAAAACCACUUCCAAAAAUAGCCGAUGCCUUCAAAGAGCUGGCCAACACUAUUCAUUCUCAAACCCCAGAUCACGCCCAACUCGAACUCGGCCCAUUCUCUAGCGCUUGUUCUCUCGUCUCCCCUCUCUUCCGCUGCCUCGGAAUCGCCUUUAAGUUCGCCGAACUGGACUAUGUUGCCAAAGUUGAUGAUCUUAUGGAAGCGUCGAAGUCGAUUGGGACUUUGCGAGUGAUGGUUGAUAAGGAUGUCGAAGCGAAUUGUGUGAGGAAAGCGGGGAGUCAUACGAGAAAUUUGUUGAGAGUGAAGCGUGGGUUGGAUAUGGUUAGAGUCUUGUUUGAGCAGAUUAUAGCUUUAGAGUAUGUUCUUUGA